AUGAAUCCUUUAAUGCUGGUCGGCGACAUUGUCGAAAAAGAAACGCCCCCCUCGAAACCUCCAGUCGCUUUUGAGGACAUCGACGCCUCCCCUACCGGCUUCCCCGCACACAAGAAACGCACUCGCGUGUCUGCCUUUAAGCAACAGCGACAAGGCAAGCCCGUCACAGGCGCCGAGACCGCCAGGGCGACGAGCUCCCUCUCUACACAGGCAGAGGACAAUGGCGGAAGCGACUCACAACAAUCAUUCGAGGCCGCCGAACGCCGCCGGAUCGAUCGCGAGAACCGGCAGAAGUUGGAGGACAUGAGCCCGGAGGACAUUGCGAGGGAGAGGAAGGAGCUGAUGGACUCGCUCGAUCCGUCGCUCAUUCAACGCCUUCUUGGCAGGGCCAAUAUUGACGAGCAACAUGGUCCGAAUCCCUUCGAUCCGCCCGCUACGGAAAAUGUCACAGCCAAAGAGCCGAUGACUCCGGCAUCAGAGAUCAAAAUCGAAGACACGUCCGCGCCACCGAAAGCUCAAUCCCGACCUCAAACAAAUUCAAAUUCUGCUCCGAAAUCCGUCUCUUUCGCUAAAGUAGAAGACUCGGGGCCAUCACCGCCGCCCACAGUGGACGAAGACAAACCCCCAUCCGCGCCUCCGGAAGGCCUCUUCCCGCUCAACUCCCAGCCCGACAAGACGCACUUCCCUCAGCCACCCGCCCUCCCCGAUCUCGAUCCCUCCCACCCGGACUUCCUCGCAACUCUCCACGAGAAGUUCUUCCCGAACCUGCCCGCCGACCCGAGUAAGCUAGCCUGGAUGGCGCCCAUCCCCACCGCACACAGCCCAGCCGAUCGCGAAUCCCCAUACUACCCGGGCCAGCCCUCGCUGCCCAUCUCGGCGCUGCGGUUCGACUUCAAGGGCGGCCUAAUCCCUCCCAAGCUCAGCAGAGCGAUUCCCGUGUCCAAGGGACUGCAUCACCACGGCCAGGCGCCAGAGGCGGCGGGGUAUACGGUCGAGGAGCUUUCCAUAUACGCGCGGAGUGCCGUCCCCGCGCAGCGUUGUAUCGCUUUCCAAACACUGGGACGGAUCCUGUAUAGGCUAGGGAAAGGCGAAUGGGGCAACGGCGAGGAGGAUAGUCUGGCGAGGGGCAUCUGGAGCAGUAUUCAGGAAGGGCGGGUGUUGGAAAGCCUAUCAGAGGCGGCAAUUGUCGAAGGAGGCCACCGGGGAAGCCGCGCGUACGCGACGGAAGCACUAUGGCUGUUUGAGAAGGGCGGUUGGAGGGAGCAGUGGUCGGGCAGGUAG